AUGUCUUCCAUCCGCGUUCGUUUCGCUCCUUCACCAACCGGACAACUUCAUUUUGGUGGUCUCCGUACCGCUCUUUACAACUAUCUUUUCGCUAAAUCAUCCAAUGGGAAAUUCCUUUUACGUAUUGAAGAUACCGAUCGAGAACGUACAGUACCCGGUGCUAAAGAACAAAUUCAAUCUGUUCUCCAAUGGACACGGGUUCAACCUGACGAACCGCCUGUGAUUCAAUCCGAACGUGCGGAAACUUAUCGAAUACAUUUAAACAAACUAUUUGGCAAAUUCAAUCAUCAAAAUCAGCCACACAUUUAUCGAUGCUUUUGUACCACUGAUCGAUUGAUGCUUUUGAGACAUGACUGUAAACGACGUUCGCAACCAUAUAGAUACGAUGGACGAUGCAGAAAGCUAACCGAUAAACAGCAAAGUGAAUAUGUUCAACAAGGUGUUCCAUAUGUUGUUCGUUUUUCUCUACCAACUGAUGAGCAAGGCAUUCAAAAAUACGAUGAUCUUGUAUAUGGCCAUCAUGAACAUAAUCCCUACGCUACCGAGGGCGAUUUUAUUCUUUUAAAGUCGGAUGGUUAUCCAACAUAUCAUUUAGCAAAUGUGAUCGAUGACCAUCUGAUGAAUAUUACACAUGUUCUUCGCGGUCACGAAUGGCAAACAUCAACAUCAAAACAUCUCCUUCUCUACAAAGCGUUUGGUUGGACACCGCCUAUGUUUGGUCAUUUACCAUUGCUCGAACGCGAACGUGGUAGAAAAUUAUCCAAACGUGAUACAGAAAAUGCGAUCAAUCCAAUCGAAAUCGAGCCCUAUCGAGAGAAAGGCUACUACCCUGAUGCACUAUUGAAUUUUGUCGCUCUGUGUGGUGGCGGUGGAUUCAUCGACCAUGAAACUAUACCUGGCAAAACGUUAGAUGAAAUGAUACCUAUGUUUAAUAUAAACCUGUUUAGUAGACAUGCAGCCAUUGUGGAUUUCAAGAAGUUAUCCGUAUGUCAACGUGCUCAUCUGAAACGUGCAUAUGAUCAAUCGAACGACAGUCGACAAGUAGUGAUUGAUGAACUUCGCGAAAAAGUUCGGAAAUAUUACCCUGAAAAAGAUCCAACAUCGCUUCAGUUGCAAAAUGAUUAUCUAGCCAAGUGUUUAAAUAUGAUCGAUUAUCGCAUUAGUUUAUUAGACGAAUUGUUUACAGAUAAGUCGUAUGAAUAUGUAUGGAAAGAUCCGGAAGUAAAACAGGAUCUUAUUGAUAAUGUGGAUCAAUUUCGAUUUGUUAUUCAACAAACAUUGACAAAUCUUGAUCAAAUGCGUUUCUCUCAUGACGAAGUGAAAAAUUUCGUGAAAAUUUAUCAACCAAAGCAAAUUACGAAUAAACAAAUCUUUCGUAUUUGGAGAUUAAUUCUAUGUGGAUGUUUACAAGGGCCACCAGUUCACGAAAUAUCAACAUUCUUUGGUUCGGAUGUUGUACGAAAACGAUUUGAAAAUGCUCUUAAAAUACUAGACCAACAAAAUGAAAAUGUCCAAAUGUUAAUAUCGCCGACGACUCCGGUGAUCCAACCAGAAUCGCAUGACACACAGGAGAAUGUUUAUCCAUCACCCGUAGAUUAUGACGAUCAAUUACAGAUACUUUCGCCAUCACCACCGAAUCAGCAAUUGCUCAGCGAACGACAAAUCGUAUUUGAUAAAGCGUUAGGACAGAUGCUUACACGGCACUAUUACUUGGUACAUCAUGAAUUUUUAUCAUUCGAUCGAUUUGAAGGGUGGAUUUAUACAUAUAAUCGACAUCGAUAUAGAAUAAUCAUUAGUUACACAUCAUCAUGUUCAUGUCGAGAAUUUCAACGAAAUCAUGUUUGUAAACAUUUUCUGUUUGUACUCAAACGAAUAUUCAAUGUAAAUCUUUAUUCACCUGAUAUUCGUCUUGCAAUCAUGCUCUACCAUCAAUUUACAUCCAUUGAUUUAGAACAGAUAUUCCAAGGGCAAACUCGCCGACUCUGUCCAAUUGUGACGCCGAUGGCGGAAGAGAAGAAAAAGGAGAAACUACCUUUGAGUUUAAAACGUCAAUCCGUUGAUCAUAGUGAUGUUUGUCCAAUAUGUUUCGAACGUUUACUGGUGAGAGAUAAGAAAUUAGUGACAUGCUUCUAUUCCUGUGGUAAAUCAAUGCAUGCCAAUUGUAUGAAAGAAUGGAAACGUGUCAAAGGAAAGUCAACCAACUGUCCACUAUGCCAAGCUAAAUGGAUGAGCGAAUCGGCGGCGGAGAAAGCUGUACUCCAGCAUUAUUCUCAUCGUUCUUAUCCAGUUGAGAAACAUGAACGAUACAUUCUUUGUUGUUUAUAUACUCCUCCAGAUUGCUGCUAG